GAGAAGGAAGAGGAUGUAAGGCAGUGAUGAGGUCUGCAGAGAAAGCGGGACAGGGAUCAGGAGGGUGGGGGUGACUGCUGUUUCCCCCAGAGGUGGCAUCUGAGGGGAGGGUAUGAGCCACGAGGGUCUCUGAGGGAAGAGCGCUCCAGGCUGAGGACUUCAGCCAGUUCAGGGGCCCUGAGGGGGAGCUGAGCAGGCACCAUGAGCUGGGAGAGUGGCAGGUGAUGGGGUCUGUAGAGAGCAGGGGCCAGAGCACCUGCCCCUGAGCCUGAGCUGAAGCUGAGAACCGGCCGCUCAGGAGGAAGCCCUGCUUCCCUAACAGAAUGAAUCCACUCGGGGCCAAGCCAGAGUUCUACCUCUGUUCCCAAAUCUCUGCUGCUGGAUGAAGGAAAGGACCUCAGGGGGCCCAUCUUCAAGUCAAAGUCUCCCUGGUGACUGAGUUCUAGGGCCAUUUAGUUAAAAUUAUUAGCGCAGAGCGCUGCUUCCUGCAUGAUCUCUCAUUCUAAUUGCGGCCCUGGUGAGAGGGCUUGCAAAGGACCGGUUCCUGCCCGGGAUUCCGGGAUUCCGCUGAGCCCUGACCGCUUUCAGCCCUGCGGAGUGGCAAAGCUUUACCUCCGCAUCUCGUAGCCACCCUUCGGCGGUGCUCACUGAAGGCCCGGCUGUCUACGCGUGCACAUCAGGGUGAGGGAGUCAUGGCACGGUUUUAUGAUGGAUUAACUGAGCUUCUAAGAUGUUAACUUACCCCUGGUAACACACUAGGAAUCGCGACACCUGAAAGUCAAAGCUAAGCCACCUCCGUGUGAAACUUCCCACCAUCCUGGUUGCCUCUCCCCUCCUGAAGGACAGUUUUGCUUACUAGCCAGUCCCCUGAAGUUGGUCAUUCCUGCCCAUCAGAAGCACCACAUCCUGUCACCCAGGGCUGGGGGGGCGGGGAGAGGGGGCGGGGUGGCGAUAUAAAGUUUAGGGCUGCGUGAAGGAGCGCUGUGGAGACCUGGAACCUUACUGUCUGGUGCCUUCCAGUAACCCCUGCUGGCGCCCUUCCACCUCCACAUCUUCCAGAAGAGACCGCUGAUGCGUUUCCCGAACUGUCUUUCCACUCGCCACCCCGCACCCCUAUUUCCACACAAAAGGUACCAAGAAGGAACAGUACUACGGUUCAGGAGCCCCGCCCCGGCCCGCACGCCUCAUCUUCCCCCCCAAGAAAAGCCCACCUAUUCCUAAACAUGUCCCCCAGGUCCACAGAGCACCCCCCACGGCCAGAGCGCCCACUACCCACUGUGCACCGCCGAGACUCGGCGCGCAGGCGGGUGUUCUCGCGCACAUGCGCACCAGCCCUCGGACCCGCCCCCUGGCGACGCGGGGCGUCCCUAACGACCGGCGCCCGCCGCGCGGGGGGACCUGCAGGGAAGCGAGCACCCGGGCACCGAGAGUGGGUGAGGUUCCCAUGGGCAUCGAGGGCCUGCCGGUCUGAGAGCCUCCCCGUCACAAGGCCAUCACCAAGGGGCCACCUGCGCCCACGCUGCCAAUGCAGAGCAUGCAGGGAACUGUAGCCACACCGACCUCGUCGGCCCUCAGCCGGUUCUCCACCUCCACCCAGGCCAAGUCCUCCACUGCAGGUCAGACCUCCAGCACAGGCCCACAGCCCUCAAGGCCCUCCAUCAUCCCACCCCGUAGCAAGUCCAAGGGCUGGAGUACUGGGGCCAGUGGAGGUCGCAUGCGCAGGAUCAUCGCUGAGGAUCCUGAGUGGUCGCUGGCCAUCGUGCCCCUCCUCACAGAGCUCUGCAUUCAGCACAUUGUGAAGAACUUCCAGAACAACCCUAUCCUGAAGCAGCUGCUUCCGGAGCACAAGCAGAAGGUCCUGGACCACUUGUCACCCGACCUGCCGCUGGCUGUGACCGCCAACCUGAUCGACGACGAGAGCUACUGGCGCCGCUGCUGCACGCAGCGCUGGCCCGUGUGCCACGUGGCCAAGCACGGCGGCAGCUGGAAGCGCAUGUUCUUCGAGCGGCACCUGGAGAACCUGCUAAAGCACUUCAUCCCCAGGACCACGGACCCCGCGCUGAUCCUCGACCUGCUGCCGCUCUGCAGGAACUAUGUGCGCAGGCUCCGUGUGGAUCAGUUCCUUCCGCCCAUGAAGCUCCCGCCCCGACCCCGGAGCGGGGAACUGUCCGACUCCGGCAGCGAGGCAGAGGUGGAGGAGCCCGCCACUGACCACUACCAACUGGAAGACCUGGUGGCCGGCCUGAGCCACCUGGAGGAGCUGGACCUGGUGUACGGGGUCAAGGACUGCGGCAUGAACUUCGAGUGGAACCUCUUCCUCUUCACCUAUCGCGACUGCCACUCCCUGGCGGCCACCAUCAAGGCAUGCCACACCCUCAAGAUCUUCAGGCUGACCCGGAGCAAGGUGGAUGACGACAAGGCACGCGUCCUCAUUCGCAGCCUCCUGGAUCACCCGGCCCUCGAGGAGCUGGACCUGUCACACAACCUCGUUGGGGACCGGGGCGCGCGUGCCGCGGCCAAGCUGCUGAGCCACAGCCGUUUGCGAGUGCUCAACCUGGCCAACAACCAGGUGCGCGCGCUUGGUGCCCAGUCGCUGGCUCACGCCCUAGCACACAACACCAACCUCAUUUCCCUCAACCUGCGCCUCAACUGCAUUGAGGAUGAGGGCGGCCAGGCGCUCGCGCACGCCUUGCAGACCAACAGGUGCCUCACAGCACUGCACCUCGGUGGCAAUGAACUGUCUGAGCCCACCGCCACCCUCCUCUCCCAGGUGCUCACCGUCAACACCACGCUCACCAGCAUCAACCUGUCCUGCAACCACAUCGGGCUGGAUGGCGGGAAGCAGCUCCUGGAAGGCAUGUCAGACAACAGGACCCUCCUGGAGUUUGACUUGCGCCUGUCAGAUGUAGCCCAGGAGAGCGAGUACCUCAUUGGCCAGGCUCUCUGUGCCAACCGGGAAGCAGCCCGCCAGCGGGCCCCGAAUCCCAGCUGCUUCAUGUCACCAAUCACGGCCAAGGGCCCUGAGAACCCUGCAGGAUAAGAUGGGGGACAGGGCUGGGGCAGUGGCUGGAGCUGGGUCACUGCCCCAGUCCCAUCCUUCAUUUCAUGCCUCUGCCGUGCCUGCUGUAGAGUGCCACACUGGUCUAGAGGGAGGAGAAAGGGGGAGAGCACGGAUAUCCUUAGGGUGAGUGAUGGAGGGUCAUUUGGAUAAAGAUGUGAGGAAGAGGAGGGGUCUGGGAUAGGGGGAGCGAAGGGGUAUGAAGUGGGACCCAUCCCCUAUACCCAGGGAGAGGAUAUUACCAGACGCCCUGAAAUGACCGACUUCUUCCAGGAUUAGGGAAGGCAGAGAGGACUCUGAAGGCCUGUGCCAGCCCAGCCUGUCCCAUGGAGGUCGCCCAUCUCCCCGACCCUUCUCCCGACCAUUUUCUUCUCUAUUGAACAGAUCCUUGACUUCUUGACCUUCAAACAUGUCCAAGUGUGCACGCAUAAGCGCUCUCUCUCUCUCUCUCUCUCUCUCUCUCUCACACACACACACACACACACACACACACACAUUAUAUUGUCUCUCUCCCCUGGCUACCACAGAGCUUUGCCUGGCUCUUCCACCCUCACCCCUGCAGAUGCCACCUCCCUAUUACUCGACCUGCCAAAGUGAUCCCAUUCUACAGGCCAUGCCAUCCACUAAUACUACCCCCACACACACACCUCGGAAGGGGGAAACAGAGGUGACAGGAGGGGCUCAGACUCCCUGCUUCCCCUGCGAGCUUCUGCUGGAGGUGCCACACUGGGGAGGGAAGUCGGUGAGUCAUCUGCAACUUUAUUAUCCACCAGUUUGAUUUGUACAAUCUUUGCGCUUGGAAAUCCACGACAGAAAGGCCACAGUGUGAUGCACCCAAUUGACAGAGACCUGUCUUCUCCCUAGCCACGCCCAGCCCACCCCGCAAGCCCUUGUCCCCGCGGAUGUAUGGAGCCUUCCGGGUGCCCUCCACGAGUCUGCGACACUCCAUGGCUGCCCACAGGAGUCCUGUCGACCCACAGGGCCACCAGAGAACCUGAGAGGGUCAGGCUGAGCCCCCAUCUCCCAUCCUCCUUCCGCUGAGGGGCCCAGAGCCUCCAGCCUCGUGAUCUUUCCAAAGGGUGGGCCAUGGGCUGCAGCCACAGCCUAGGGGUGCCUGCGCGCUCCAGGGACUCCUUCCACCAAGCAGGCGCCAAGCCGAGCACCACAGGGGGCUUGGGAGUGACUGCACUUGUGUGCCUGUCUGGGCAACCUAGAGUCUGUCUGUGCCUGACACCCUCUGACAGUUCUGGAGUGCAAACGUGUAGAUGUGAGGGUGUGUGUGUGUGUGUGUGUGUGUGUGUACAUAGCCACAGCUGCUAGCAGAGGUUCUAAUUAGAGAAACAAGAACAUUCAGUGUAAAGUUUAAUUUUAGAGAUUAAUUAAUUUUCUGGUUUUCGUUUUCCCUGGCAAUCAAUAAA